AUGGCUAGCUCCCGUGACCGUCAUAUCGUGCCAGAACUAAUCUCCCAUCCUCCCAUCCCCAUAUCCCCGUUGAGUGUCCUUGCAUCUCGACGCAAGGAAUGCCCUCCGACCCUCGCGUGGCAGUUGACGUCAACCUCAGUAUUUCGAUCGAAUUUAAUCGGCAUUCUCGGUGAUUUCAUUCUAGUGAAGUCUUUCCGCGACCAGAUCGGCUUAAGAGGAUCAAAGGCACUGGUGGCUCGAGCCAGAAAGGUAGUAUGGUGUACGAAUGGAGUCUCGAAGACGGGUCACGACUGA